ACGAUUAUGUCAAAUUUGUAGGGUGGACCGACGGUCACACUAAUUCCCAUUCGCAUUGUUUCCCUUGGCAUUAUUGCGCGGGUUUUAGUCUAGAACAGUGUGCAAUUGUUUUGCUUACUAAUUUUUUAACUAGUUGUAUGCAAAGUAAAGCGCUGGCUGCUGAUUGAAUCGCAGGUCGUGAUGUCCAAGAAGCCUGUCGCUCAAAGAAAACAGCUCACACUUAGCAGCUUCAUUGGUCUGGAUGGCAAUUCCCAGAGUCAACCUAAGAGCAGAGCCGCAAGCGUUAAAAGCAAGCCCUCCACAAUCUACAAUCCCAUCUUUCUGGACGCGUCGUCAUCUGAUGAUGAAUCUACGGAAAUAUCCAGUCAAUCCAGCAAGGACACCAUUGACACCAAGAAGUCCAGCAGAGAUCCUAGAACCGCAAGGCUCAAAAAACACUCAUAUCUGGAUCUGACGGAAUCGCCACUAGCUGAACGUCCUGCUAAGAAAUCUGACAGAGAUUCGCCCAUAAAACCAACACAAAGUGAGAGUAGUCACGCGCAGCAAGGAUUCUUUGAAUCUCCUAUUGAAAAUACAUUUGGGGGAUUACUACGGAAACCGCCUCAUAAUAAGAGAAAAACUUCAAUAGUUUGGCUUUCGGAUUCUCCGGAAAAGAAACUGUCGCAAAACGAGGAGACCACAGAUUCUCCACUCCAAAGGUACUCCUUUGAGGACUUUCCAAGCAAGCAGAAUGGAGAUAGUAAACAUCAUUUACUCACUCUGCCUGAUUCGCCGCCCCCUCCCCUGCAGUCUGUCAAGAAACCGGAGAAAACUAUGUUGCAAAAUGAAACAAAAACGUUUCAGGAUAAGGACCCUUCUAUAAAGCGCCAAGUUACUAAGAAUAAGGCUACCAUUCCGGCACUGCUUGACUCACCGCUAGCUCCAAAUACAUACAAAAAAACAGGCAGUAAUCGUAAUCUUUUCGAGGAUUCUCCAGAGAAAAGUGGCAACGUCCAGCAGGGUUAUAAACUGGGUUCAGCGAAAGAAAAUGCUAUCCCAACAAAGCCUGCGCCUGCUUCUCUGGAGAGGAAUAGUCUCACCUCCUCUCCACCACCAGCGGCACAAUUGAAGCCCAGAUACAGUGUGGCUUUUGACAAUUCUCUGGCUGAUUACUUAAAGGAUUUGGCCCAAAAUGACAACUUCAGCAUCGAUCCUAAUAAACAAAGCGCUGAGACACUGAAGAGCACGCUGGGCUUUUUUCGCAACACUUAUGUGGACCUAAUGGAAAAAUAUUGCUCUCUGAUUGACCAGAUUCCCGCCAUGCACUUCAAUGAAAUAGCAGGUUUUCAGCCGAAUACGUUUCUUAAGCUCAAGGUAAUGCGACAAAAAUUUAAGGCACGGACACAGCUUGUCCAAAACAGUUUAGAUAAGAAAGAAAGCCAGCUAAAAGCGGAACAGGAAGCCCUUGAGAAGGAGGAAAUGGAAAUGCGGAUGGAGCAGGGUCGGCAGACGGUUUUAGCAUCAUCAAACACAAAUGUAUCUUCUUCCAAAGUACAAGAAAGUAAGGUCGAAAAAAUACCCAAGCGGGAGCAGCUUUUACACGACCUUUGCGGGGAGCCAGACAAUUUCUCACCACCCAGCUCGCCACACAAUAUGCAACCUAUUCCGAAACGCCAGCAGCUCAUCCACGACCUUUGCGGAGAGCCAGAUGACUUCUCACCACCAAGCAAGAAGAAAGAUCCGCACCUGUUGCGAAAGUGCGAAGAACUUGUUCAUGACCUUUGUGAGGAGCCGGACGACUACUUGGCACAGAGCAUGAUGCUAGACGACGACCUGCAGGAGGAACAAAUGAAUGGAGCCACACAGGGGACCACAACAAGCAGGAUGGAUAAUGACGAUGAUGACUUGGAGGGAUUGCUGGCUGAAAUCGAGGACGAGCAUCAGAAGAUGCAGGACCGUAGGUCAGAGUUCAAUGGAUACAGCUAUAAGGAGUUGGAGGCUGUUAAAGUAAAGGAGAAGCAUAAGGAGACACCAAUAAAUAUUUCGUUGGAUGAUGAUGGAUUUCCCGAGUACGAUGAGGCCAUGUUUGAACAAAUGCAUUCCCAGGCUGCUGCCAAUAAGAGCAGUGUAAGUGCCGGCCCAAGCACCAGUAAGACCUUGGCAGUACCUGCCAAGCUGACCAGCGCUCCAGAUUCCCAAAAGCUGUCGGGGAAUUUCCAUGCGAACGUGCACAAUGACGGCAUCACCGGGGAGUUCGAUGGCCAAAAAUUUGAGCACUCCACCCGCCUCAUGCACGGCCUGAGCUACAGCUUUGGCCUAAAAAGUUUCCGUCCCAAUCAGCUACAGGUGAUCAACGCCACCCUCCUGGGCAAUGAUUGCUUUGUCCUGAUGCCAACUGGAGGAGGAAAGUCUUUAUGCUAUCAGCUGCCUGCCAUUCUGACCGAGGGAGUAACCAUUGUUAUCAGUCCGCUGAAGUCGCUGAUCUUUGAUCAAAUCAAUAAACUGGCUUCUUUAGAUAUCUGUGCGAAGAGUCUGAGCGGAGAACAAAAAAUGGCCGAUGUCAUGGCCAUCUACAGGGAUUUGGAGUCUCAGCCACCUAUGGUCAAAUUGCUUUACGUGACGCCUGAGAAAAUUAGCAGUUCAGCUCGCUUCCAGGACACCCUAGACACCCUUAACUCCAACAACUAUAUAAGUAGAUUCGUUAUAGACGAGGCGCAUUGCGUUUCCCAGUGGGGUCAUGACUUUAGGCCGGACUACAAGAAACUUGGAGUACUAAAAAAACGUUUUCCAAAUGUUCCAACUAUUGCCCUAACAGCCACAGCCACGCCUCGCGUCCGUUUGGAUAUUCUGGCCCAAUUAAAUCUGAAGAACUGCAAGUGGUUCCUCUCCAGUUUUAACCGUAGCAACCUGCGGUACAGGGUACUCCCCAAAAAGGGGGCCUCGACGCUGGACGACAUUAGUAGAUACAUCCGCAGCAAACCGGCACACUUCAGUGGCAUAAUCUACUGCCUUUCGCGUAAGGAAUGCGAUGAGACGUCAAAGAGAAUGUGUAAGGAUGGCGUCCGGGCAGUUGCCUACCAUGCUGGUCUCACGGAUACUGAGCGGGAGGGUCGGCAAAAGGACUGGCUGACCGGAAAGAUCAGGGUGAUCUGUGCCACCAUCGCCUUUGGCAUGGGCAUAGACAAACCAGAUGUCCGAUUCGUUUUGCAUUACUCGCUACCCAAGUCCAUCGAGGGUUAUUACCAGGAGGCAGGUCGCGCGGGCCGAGACGGUGAUGUGGCGGAUUGCAUCUUGUACUACAACUAUGCGGACAUGCUUAGGAUCAAGAAAAUGAUGGACUCUGACAAAGCUCUUCAGUACAACGUGAAGAAGAUACAUGUGGAUAAUUUAUAUCGCAUUGUUGGAUACUGUGAAAACCUCACAGAUUGCCGACGUGCCCAGCAGUUGGACUACUUCGGGGAGCACUUUACCAGCGAACAGUGUCUGGCGAACAAAGAGACAGCUUGCGAUAAUUGCCUAAACAAACGAGCCUAUAGGGCGGUAGAUGCGUUGGAGCAUGCUCGUAAGGCUGCGCGAGCAGUUAAGGAUCUGUGCAGCGGUAGAUCCCGUUUCACACUAUUGCAUAUAGCCGACGUUCUGAAAGGUUCGAAGAUCAAAAAAAUCAUUGACUAUAACCAUCACAAAACGCCCCAUCAUGGCGUCCUAAAGGACUGGGAUAAAAACGAUGUACACAGGCUGCUGCGCAAAAUGGUCAUCGAUGGCUUCCUGAGGGAGGACUUAAUAUUUACGAACGAUUUUCCGCAGGCCUAUUUGUAUCUGGGCAACAACAUCAGCAAAUUAAUGGAGGGCACGCCCUACUUCGAAUUUGCAAUAACUAAAAAUGCCAAGGAAUCCAAGGCGGCAGUCGGGAGCGUUUCUGAUGGCGCAACGAGCAGUACUGCUGAUGGGCAGUCUGGAAUGCGGGAGAUUCACGAGCGCUGUUAUACAGAUCUAUUGGAUCUAUGCCGAACCAUUGCCAGCCAGCGAAACGUUACCAUGGCUAGUAUCAUGAACAUUCAGGCCCUGAAGAGCAUGGCCGAAACACUGCCGCUCACCGAGAAGGACAUGUGCAGUAUUCCGCACGUGACCAAGGCGAACUUUGAUAAAUACGGUGCAAAGCUGCUUGAAAUUACCAGCAACUAUGCCUCGGAGAAGCUUCUGAUGCAAGCUGUUCUGGACGAAGAGGAGGAACAGGCGGCCGCCAAACAGAAACCAAGCACCUCCGGAUGGAACAACGAAAGCGUGGACUGGGACAGUGCGGUUGCCUCUCAGGGCAAUUCAAACACGAGCGGUGCCAGCGGUUUCAACUCGUUCAGAGCGGGCAAGAGAAAAAAGGUAUACAAGUCAGGAGCCAGCAAAAGGUACAAAACGAGUACUACAUCACCAGCGGCCAGAAGGACAACGUCUGCCAGGGGUAGAGGUGGUAGGGCGGGCGCCAAACGAGCGGAGAGUUCGGCUUCCUCAUCAUCAGGCUGGAAAUCCAAGAAAACAGGAAACAGCUUUGGUUUCGAUUUAAUGCCACUGCCAGGAUCGAAGUAACUUGAAAUCCUUUGACAAUUUGCCUUAGAAACUACAGUUUUUAAAUACUAUAUUGUUUAUGAGCGUAUGAAAGU